CGCGCGUGGGUUCCGCUGCGGCUGUGUCCUGCGCGCGGACUUGCUUCCCCGUUUGUGCAACGCGAUCGAGGGCUAGGUUGAGGCGGAACUGAUCUGGAAAUCUCUCAUUGGCCACUGUCCUUUCUAAAGAAGUCACUUGCCUUCCAGAGUCCACCUGCCUGAGCUGCUGGGGACUCUUCGUGAGCUGAGAGAAUGGCCCUCUUCAGGCAGCUGUCCCUGGGUUCCAAGGCUGCCCUGGCGGCAGCCACUGUCUUCGUGUCCAUGAUCCUCUCCCGCUCCUUUCUGGCUGAGGCCCUUGAGCUCAAGGCCUGGCGCUGGCUGUUCCGCCUGCAGCUGGCCCUGUUUGUCAACUCGCUCAUGCUCAUUGGUUCCUUGUACAUCUGGCGGAGCACCGUAAGCAACCUCAGCCAUUCCCCUGCCAUGGAAUCGACCUGUUUCCAGCUUUGGAAGCUGGUUGUCAUGGCAUUCCUGGCCCUGGCACAUUCCAGUUUCUUCACCAUGCUCUUCUUGGUGGCCGAGGAACCUUACGUGUUUUCCUUAGCAGCCUACUCCUGCCUGGGUGCUUACAUCAUCAUGGUUUUCUUUCUUUGUAUCUUGAACGCCAUGGAGCAGGCCUACCAGUUCUUAGCCUGGCGCAGCGGUAGGGUGGUGGGCAGCCUUGACAAGACAAGGCACCUGGUGCUCAGGCCUGCCCUGGCCGUGGCAGUGACAGCUGUGCUCAGUACCAUUGGCCUUCUGAACGCUGCCCAGCCCCCAGUGGUGAAAACCGUGGAGGUGCCCAUCCAUCAGCUACCCCCCUCUUUGAAUAACCUCAAGAUAGUGCUCCUUUCGGACAUUCACCUGGGGCCCACGGUGGGCAGGACCAAGAUGGAGAUGUUUGUGAGGAUGGUGAACACGCUGGAGCCAGACAUCACAGUGAUUGUGGGGGACCUCUCCGAUUCCGAAGCCUCCAUCCUGCAGACGGCAGUUGCUCCUUUGAGCCAGCUCCGUUCCCGUCUUGGCACCUAUUUCGUCACGGGUAAUCACGAGUACUACACGUCAGAUGUCAGCAACUGGUUCGCCCUGCUGGAAUCCUUGCGCGUUCGGCCCCUGCAUAAUGAGAACGUGAAGAUUUCCGCCCCCGGGGACCAGGACGGCCGUGGGGCCACCACGGAGUGGAUCUGCUUGGCGGGCGUGGAUGACAUAGAGGCAGACAUCCUUCACUACUCGGGCCAUGGCAUGGACCUUGACAAGGCUCUGGAGGGCUGCAGCCCGGAUGAUGCUACCAUCUUGCUGGCUCACCAGCCUCUGGCUGCCAAGAGGGCCCUCCAGGCACGGCCAGAUAUAAACUUGAUCCUUUCCGGACACACUCAUGCAGGGCAGAUCUUCCCCUGGAAUGUUGCAGCCUAUCUCCUGAACCCUUUCUUUGCUGGUCUCUACCAAGUGGGCCAGGCUACAUUUGUGUACGUCAGUCCGGGCACAGCCUACUAUGGGAUACCGAUGAGGUUGGGGAGCAGGGCAGAAAUCACAGAACUCAUCCUGUGGCGGGCUCCCUAAGCCUGCCCCAGCGGCCCUGCCCUGCCUUGUCUCCUUGCUCAGCACCUUCAUCCAUCUCCUGCUCCUGCCCAGCCUUGCCAGCACCCUUUGGCCCCAGCCUGCUGGGAUCAGUGAUUUGCAGUGGGGCUGCCUGGCAAGUUCAGGCUGGUUAAACUCUUUAGAAAAUCCAUUGCUUUUUGGUAGUUCACCUGUGAGUCCACUCGGCCACGUAAAUGUGAACACACGUUUGUUUUCCAGCUGCGGUAGAGAAGGGCCCUUGUGCAAAGGGUAGGGUGGUGGGAAAGGACACCUCUUGCUCAGACUCAGGGAGGAACAAGAACACUUGUCUUCUGUGGGUUUAACCCUGGUUAGGACUUGGGUGGAUUCUGACGUUUCUUGGUCUAGAGACAGUUGGUUUGGGGAGGGACCAGGUUAAGGUCAGGUGACCUUCCCUCCUCUGUGCAUCGAGUUCACCUUUGUUGACCUCAGUAGAACACACAAGGCCCUUCCCGUCUGGACCUUGAGGGGUUCAGAUUGCUUGGCUUGGUGGCAGUCAUGGGAGUUCUGGUGGGUGAUGACUCUGCGAUUUCUUGAGAUCUCCGCGGCUCUGAAUCCUGCUUCUGUGUCCUCUUGGAUACAGAAACUAAGGAUAUUAAGGACAGGCUGCUUCUGUGUUCAGGGUGAGGAAGGGACACGGGAUGUGAUGGGGUGUGUUUGAAGGCUGGAAGUGUGGCACGGUACCAGAGCACUUGUCUAGUUGGAACUCAAAUGUGCUCGACUUUGAGUUACAAAACAAAACUGCAUGUAAGGUAGAGAGAGAGAGGGAGUGUGUGUGUGUGCGCGCGCGCAUGUGCAUACACACAUACAUACGAAGGGGGAGCUAAGUCCUUCUGAAAGUUUUAUGGCCUGAUGGUUAAGUAGCUUUAUUGGUCAUGGUGAAUGCAGGAUUCUAAGCACAGAUAAACAUUAAACAAGGCCCUAGAGCCCCAUGUUCCCCUCAGUGGUUUGCAUAUUUGAGGCUGGCUUCAGUUCAUUCAUGGCUAGAUGGGGGGAGGCCGUCUGUUGAAUGAGUCAGGAGCUUGGAACCACCCCACCCCCACCACCCAUUACCCCAGGUUUGGUUCUGGUUUUUUUUUUUUUUUUUUUUUUUUUUUUGGUGAGAAGCUGAGGUUUCUUGACUACCCAUAGGAAAACUGAAGCCAAUAUGGUUGUGAUCCAGCUCUGCCCCUGCAGGUUCCUUCAGGCCCUGGCUACGAAAUGACAGUUCUUACCUGAUGGGGGAAUUCAAAUCCCUCUACCCUGGCCUUUGGCCACAGAAGCACACGGUCAUCCCUAGGAUUUCUAGACCCACAAGAAAAAUAAAGUGGGUCUGGAGAGAUGGCUUAGGGGUUAAGAGCACUGACUGCUCUUCCAGAAGUUCCCAGCAACCACAUGAUGGUUCACAACCAUUCAUAAUAAGAUCUGGUGCCCUCCUCUGGCCUGCAGGAAGAACACUGUAUACAUAAUAAAUAAAUCUUUAAAAAAAAGAAAAGAAAAGAAAGAAAAGAGACAAAGGGAGCUAUUUGUGCACUGCCUAGAUUUCUUGGUCUAGCCUUUGCCAGGGGCAAGAGAGAGACUUUGUUCUUUUUAUAGCGGAAAGCCAUUAAGAUGUGCUCAGAACCAUCUGGGUAGCUUAAACUCAGGGCCGAGAGGCCUCUGGAAGGAGAUGCAGACAGAUGCCCUCUGCCUGGAGAGGAGCUUCCUGCUGCUUAUGAGGGAGAGUUGAUGAAUGACAGUGAGUGACCGUUCCUCCUAGAUUCUUGGCUUUCUUCAGCCCCGAAAUGGGUGUAAUUCUUGUAUCUACCUCAAGGCUGCUUUGCUAGAAAAGUGUGGGCACUUAGUGCUCGUCAGAGGCCUGCUGAGGAGUGUGCCUGGAGAGUCUCUGGAGCAGCCAGGCCUGGAGCCUGUCAGUGGGUGGCACGCUGCCCACCAACCGAGUCCAGAUGUCUGUGUGGUACCUACUGAGAGCUCCUUCCUAUCAUGUGCCGAGUGUCCUGUGCACACUUGCUUUGUCCAUCCCCGUCUUCUUCAUCUUCUUGUCCUUCUGGUGUGACAGGGUCUGGGGGGUGCAGGAGGCUACUCAAGCAUCCUUGUCUCCCAGCAGAUAAGGCAUUGACAGUGGACCAUCAGUUUUUAAAAACAUUAUACACCUGUAGCCCCAGUACUCAGUGGGUGGAGACGGGACAAUUAGAAGGUUCAAAGCUACUAGUGAGCAUGAGGCCAUCCUGGGCUACACGAGACCCUGUCUUGAAGAAAAGAGAGAGGGAGAGAGAGAGAAAUAGCUUUGUCCACGAAACUGUGACAGUCUCGUCCCCUUCCCACCUCUCAUAGGAUUUCAGUGCCCUGGGAGAGACUUUGUAAAAACCACGAUUUAUUAUUGAUGGGAUCCUAGGAGAGGCCACCACUCAGCCCCAGCUCUUCCAGACCUGCUGGGCACCACCCCUCCACCCUCCAGCCUCACGAAGGUCGCUUUGUUCUCCAUUUCUGGCGACUCGAUCCCUCUCUGUUCUGCUUUUCACCAGAGUGAUUUUGACAUCUUGUGCCCCGGGGAGCUCUUCGACUCUCACCAUUCUUGUUAUUGUUACUGGUUCCGUGAUCUCUGGGUCUUUCUCUUCAGGGCCCUAUACUAGGCUUGAUGAAGUUAUCUUUGGCCACCCUGGGUCUCAUGGUUGAUACCGUCGCCUUGUGGCCCGUGUGCAUGUCAUCCAUUCUGUUCUUUGUUUUUUUCUUUGAUGCGCAGGGUCUUGCCAUGUAUGCCAGAUGGUCUUCAACUUACAGCUAUCCUCCUGCCUCUGCCUCCCAAGAGCUGGAUGUCAGGCGUGUGUCACCACCCCUGGCUCCUUCAUCCUCUCUAACUUUCUGUUUCACCAAACUUUCCUGUUAACAGAGGGGGUGGGAUUACAACUCAAUGGUAGAGAACUUGCCUUGCGAGUGUGAGGCCCUGGGCUCAGUCUCAGGAUCAGCAGAGAAAGGAAAAGUUGUGAUCAGAGCCGGUGAGGUGGCUCAGCGGUGACAGCCCCCCAAAACCCGACUUCAGUUCCUUCCCUGGAACCCUGUGGUGGAAAGAGAGACCUGACUCCACAGAGUCUGACCUCCCCACGUAUGUUGUGCCUGGUGUGUGUCCACACUUAACACAAAGAUUACAUGGCACACACACAGUAAUAGGAAUAGAAUAAUUCUCUAAAGAGAUGAUGUUUCCUUAUAGGAGGGAAACAGCUAGUCUGUUCUCAGCUCCUCUCUCUCCUCCUGCUCUGGUCAUAAUAGAUUAUUUCCUUCUUCACUUCCUUCAUGCCUCCGGGUUCUGCAGCAUGCCUGGGCCACAGGUGUUUGUGGGACUUCCUCCUUCCCUCCCUGACUGGUCUCACUGAGGAGCCGGCUGCCCUGAACUUCACACUCUUCCUGCCUCAGCCCCCUGACUCUCGGGAUUACAGACAUGUGCCACCAUGUCCAUCUCUUACCGUCAUCUUUAUUUCUGGGGUACCAGUUGCAGUGUCCCCCUUCCUUUCUAAAUUCAGUCGUUGGAGUGUAGCUAAGGGUUUGUUGAUUGUGUUGUUGCCAAAUAUCUAUUUUACUUUUCCUUUUGUCUGUUUUUUUUCUGGUUAUUAUUUCAUUCAUCUCUGUUCUCGUGUUUGUUUUGGUUUCGUUGUUGUUUGUUUGUUUUGGAGACAGGGUCUCAAUAGGUAUCCCUGGCUGGCCUAAAACUCCAGGAGAUCCUCCUGCCUCUACCUCCUGAGGGCUGGAAUGAAGGGCAUGCACCACCAUGCCCAGUUCUUUCUCUGAUUUCUCAAGGAACUGUCUUUUUACAAUUUUUUUUGUUUGAAACAAAGUCUGAAUGAGUUCCAUAUGUUGUGUGUGCUAUGUAUGUUGUGCGUACUAUGUCUCUUUAAGUAUGAAACAUUCCUCUUACACAUGUAUGCACAAAGAAGUAGAUGAAAAUAAUUGAGGGCAUUUUUAUUUAAUUUUUUUUUGUUUUGUUCGUGUGGUUUAUUUUGUUUGGUUUGGUUUUUCGAGACAGGGUUUCUCUGUGUAGCCCUGGCUGUCC